UCGACUCUUUCACUGGUCUCGUGUCAAGACGUUUCUCGCACUGCCUGCCUUACACUAGUUUGUCCCUCACUGCCUCCCGUUCGCGCCUGUUCCUUUCCGCGGGGCGGAGAGACGGCUGGGGAGAGCCGGGAGCUGCGGCCGCCGACGCUGGGUGACCGGUAACGCUGUAGCGGAGGUGGCGGCGCGGGGUGGGGCAGUCGGAACCGAGAGGAAGGAGGUGCUGGUGCAUGAUGGCGGCGACAACCUACGAGCGGCUGAAGCUACAUAUCACACCUGAGAAGUUUUACGUGGAAGCUUGUGAUGAUGGAGCGGACGACGUGCUCACCAUCGACCGCGUCUCCACAGAGGUCACCCUCGCAGUCAAGAAAGAUGUCCCUCCGUCAGCUGUUACGAGACCAAUAUUUGGCAUACUGGGCACAAUCCACCUGGUGGCAGGUAAUUAUCUUAUUGUCAUUACCAAAAAGACGAAAAUAGGCGAAUUUUUCAAUCAUGUAAUCUGGAAAGCAACAGAUUUUGAUAUUCUUUCUUAUAAGAAGACAAUGCUGCACUUAACUGAUAUUCAGUUACAAGAUAACAAAACGUUCCUAGCGAUGCUGAACAAUGUCCUGAGUGUGGAUGGAUUUUACUUCUCAACGACCUACGAUCUGACCCAUACUCUGCAGCGGCUGUCCAACACGAGUCCAGAGUUCCAGGAGAUGAGUCUCUUGGAAAGGGCAGAUCAGCGGUUCGUCUGGAAUGGUCAUCUUCUGAGAGAGCUGUCUGCACAGCCGGAGGUCCAUCGGUUUGCUCUUCCAGUGUUACAUGGCUUUAUUAACAUGCACUCGUGUUCUAUCAAUGGAAAAUACUUCGAUUGGAUUCUCAUCUCCAGGAGGAGCUGUUUCCGAGCCGGGGUGCGCUAUUACGUCAGAGGAAUUGAUUCCGAAGGCCAUGCAGCUAACUUUGUAGAGACGGAGCAGAUAGUGCACUACGGUGGGAGCAGGGCCUCCUUCGUGCAGACUCGAGGAUCAAUCCCUAUUUUCUGGUCCCAAAGACCAAACCUCAAGUACAAACCACUGCCACAGAUCAGCAAAGCAGCAAAUCACAUGGAUGGCUUCCAAAGGCAUUUUGAUUCACAAGUAAUUAUUUAUGGAAAACAAGUCAUAAUCAAUCUGGUGAACCAGAAGGGCUCGGAGAAGCCGUUGGAGCAGGCGUUUGCGACCAUGGUGUCUUCCCUGGGCAACGGGAUGAUCAGAUAUAUUGCCUUUGACUUCCAUAAGGAAUGUAGACAUAUGAGAUGGGAUCGACUAAGUAUUUUAAUGGACCAGGUAGCAGAAAUGCAAGAUGAAUUAGGUUAUUUUCUAGUAGACUCUGCUGGCAAGGUGGUGACAAACCAGGAAGGCGUGUUCCGCAGCAAUUGCAUGGAUUGUCUCGACAGAACCAACGUGGUCCAGAGCCUGUUAGCACGACGUUCUCUGCAGGCCCAGCUUCAGAGACUAGGAGUUUUGCAUGUGGGACAGAAGCUUGAAGAACAAGAUGAGUUUGAGAAGAUUUACAAAAAUGCCUGGGCUGACAAUGCAAAUGCUUGUGCCAAACAGUAUGCAGGAACUGGUGCCUUGAAGACCGACUUUACCAGGACUGGAAAGAGAACCCAGUUGGGACUUAUCAUGGAUGGCUGGAACUCACUCAUACGCUACUACAAAAACAACUUUUCUGAUGGAUUUAGACAAGAUUCCAUCGACUUAUUUCUUGGGAACUACUCAGUGGAUGAAUUAGAGUCUCAUAGUCCUUUAAGUGUUCCAAGGGACUGGAAAUUCCUGGCUUUGCCUAUUAUCAUGGUGGUUGCCUUCUCAAUGUGCAUUAUCUGCUUGCUCAUGGCCGGUGACACUUGGACAGAAACGCUGGCCUACGUGCUCUUCUGGGGAGUGGCAAGCAUUGGAACAUUUUUCAUUAUUCUUUUCAAUGGCAAAGAUUUUGUUGAUGCUCCUAGAUUGGUCCAAAAAGAAAAGAUAGACUGAAUUUGUGUUUGUGGAAAGCGGCUCAGGUUGGAAGAGUCCGUGAUGCAGAACUGGAGUCUUUACUGACCCGCUUUCCACAUGAGCGCAGGUCUUUCGAAAGCCUUUAUCCAAAAACACUUCUCCUGCAGAGUGCGGGCGCCAACUCUGCGUUGAUCUCAUGUCCUCGCCUUGAUGAUCUCUUCGCUCUUGGGAUGGUUGCAUUUAUAAUUUGAAGCUAUGCGAUAAUUGAAAUAGAGCCUGCAUUCAGCCCUCAGAAUGGAAGGCAUCUAUUCAUUGUCAAGUUAAUCAACUGUUGCUGAUAAGUAAUAUAUUUUAAAAACUUAGCUUCUUUCAUUAUUUAAAACAGUAAAAUUAUUUUUCUAGCUCAGUUUUAAUAUUGUCAUUAUAGAAAUAGUCGCUGUUAGCAAGCAUACCUUUCCACACACCUUUGGGCUUUUCUUAGCAGUUUGGUGAUGAGCGGACUCUCCCGUGUUCCUACGGUGUAAGUCUCCUGCAGUCAUCAGCUUGGGGCGCUGGCGCGUGACGGCAUGGCUGGGAGGAAGAGCGGGCCCCAGGCCGCCCCUGGACUUCGGCGAGCUCACACGUGAUGGCAGAGUUCACGUAUACUGUAUCUUUUGUGAAAGGUCUACAUGAAAUCAAAGAAUGUAAAGUCUGUCUCCUGUGCUAAAGGUCCAAGCAGCCUCUUCCUAAGGCUUGCCCCGGUGGGAAUACCCGUCUUGCCCGCUGCUUCCUGUGUCCCUUCGUGGGCGUUACUCAUCAGGACGCACAGCCUCUGAGCGGUCCAGUGCUAGACUGGACACCGCACGUGGGGGCCGCAGCUGCUUUUCCACGCACGGUACCAUCGCUUUCACCCUGCAGGGUCUUGCUCAGUGAGUGUGUUGGAACCCAGUGCUGCUUGGUAGUUACAGUCUCCAAUCAGGGACCAACUUCAUGUGCAAAACCCCCCCAAAAACACUGCUUCAGAAGCUGUGCAUAGUUGUAAGUCAGAUUGUAUAUUCAAACUGUAAUUACGAAGUUUAGUAUUAGAACAGUAUGUAAAGUAGUAUAAUUACCACUAUUUUAAAACAAUUAAACACUGCUAUAUUGUUUCAGUGUUGUGCUUGAAAAUAUGUACCAUUUUUUUCAUUAAUAAUACCUUAUGUUGUCCUUAAAUAUUUCUAAAAGCGCCUUUAUUUUAACAUUACAUUUUCAGCAUUAUCUUUUAUAAACAUUAAUAGUUGUUGCUUUUAGAAAUGCUAAAGGAAAUAACAUCUGGAAACCCUGCAUAGCUUUAAAUCAGUCAUUUAACCCAGGGUCGGGUGAGUGAAUAGAGCCACCUAUUCCUAAUGUGUAAAUAAUCAUCCUUCGUUCCAGAGGUGGAAUAGUGACACUUAGCGCCUGUCUACUGUAAUGUAAACCCAAGUGCUACCAGAUGCUUCACAGUAAGAACUUAAUGUCAGCAGUUACGACACAGACCAAGUCCGAGCUGUAGUGUGGCUGCUUUGCAGGGAGUGGACUAAUCUUGGUGUAUUAGGUCAAAGCUGUCAAUAUUUAAGAACUCUGUCAUGAUUUUAUUUAAUCCAUGUACUGUACAUCUGUAAGUGAAAAUAAAAUGUCAUAUUCUUUUCUAA